AUGGACGUUAUCUUACCGUUGGAUAUUACUACUGUUUUUAAAAAAUACAUCAAAAAACGACGAAAAUGUUAUUGUAAUUAUUUUGUUGGCAGUGAACUUCAUGGUCUGAAGGAAGCGAUUUCUGUAAGUUUUUAUUGCUGGGUAAUUUUUAUAUUAUAAAUGGUAGGGUAUCCUUUAUAGGCAGGGCAGAAAAAGUGUUUUUUAGGGCUUAGAGGGCGGAGGGAUAUUAAGAGGAAGGGAGGGGGGGGGGAGUAAAAGUAGGGGGGGGCGGUAAAAAAACAAAAAUUUUUUUUUUGAUUUUUUAAUAUUGUUUUUGAAAUUUCUUAUCGAGGUAAACGUUAGUCUUAAAGAUAUUAUUUUUUGUUGGGGGGGGGGUAAAAAAAUUUUUUGUUUUGACAUUUCACUUUUUUGUUUCAGACCUCGGCCUCUCUGCAUCACAUAACCUGGGGCUUGUUAAUAUUUCUUGCUAUGUGUUUAGCGAUUUGGAACACCAUCCAAAUGUGUCAAGAUUACUUGGCUAAUCAAGUUGAGACUUCUUAUUCUAGGCAUUUUGUAAGUAAAUAUACUCCUUGUAUAAUAUAUUUAAUUUAAAUCUUUAGGUAUCCCGGCUAGAAUUUCCAUCAGUGAUUAUCUGUCCCAAAAGCCCCGAUGCUUUGAAUUUCACAUCGAUUAAACGCGAAAUCCUCAAUGUCAUACCAAACAUGACUGACCAUGAUGUUGUGGACUUGAUCAUGUAUGCUAUUGCUGACAGUGCUUUGGUCAAUGGCCAAUCAGUUACAUUAAAUCAACCUGAAGAACAUUUUGGAGCCUUUGACGAGAAGAUUAACAUCUGGAAGGGAAGAAGGAAUCAGACAGAGUUUUACACGGAUCUGUUCGAAAAGAAUGGGUAUACUUGCAAUCAGGUAGGGUAGAUAUGAUUAGUAUAAUAACUGUAAUCAUAGGAAGUAUAGGGGUUGGAGAAGGUAGGGUAGAGUAGGGUAAGAUAAGGCAUUGUACGGUAGGGUAAGGCAGUGUGGGGUGGGUAGAUUUAGUUGUUAUAUCUAUUUGAGGCACUGGGGUUUGCAGGAGGUAAGGUAGAGUAGGGGAGAGGUGAACAUUUUAUAGGGAGGGAAGGGGGGGAGGAAGUGGGAAAGCUUAUUUCAGCUUACCCUAGCCGACCCUACACUACCCUGCCCUACAUUACUUUGUUUUACCCUGCUUUGCUCAGACCUGCUUUGGCGUAUCUUAGUAUACCCUGUCCUGCUCUACCCUAUUAUACUCUACCAUACUCUAUCAUACACUACCUUACCGCAUCUUACCCUACAAAUUGUCAAGUGAUUAUCAUAAUGUAUAUUAUUUUAGUUAUUCAAGCAAUGUCGCUACGGAUCCCGUACCAUAAAUUGUUGUGACAUUUUCGAAAGUUACUAUGUUAUGCUGCGUGGUAGAUGUUUUCGAAUGAAACAGUUUUAUCAAUACGAUCCUGGGUUUUAUGGUCAGCUUUAUAUUGGAAUGAACGAGUUGCCUAGUCUUACUACGGUUAGUCAGAAACAAGUAAGUAUUCUAUACCUAUAGCUAGGAUUUGAAGGUUAGUUUUGGACUACGAGACGCAGGGGGGGGAGGGAUUCACAUGUUUAUUAUAAAAGUCUUGUCGUUUUUGAAUAGGCAAAGUAAUGCAAAUUGAGGACUAGAAUUUUUUUAGUUAGCUCACUAUUGCUAUGUCUCUUCAAAUAUUAUCGAUUAGGGCUACGACAAGAGCUAGAACUGUUAACUAUGACUUUUUCAGGUCCAACUAGUAGCCUUCAUGGCCACGCCAGGCUCAGAAAUCUCAACUUUUCCGCGAUAUUACCUAAACAACCAAUCAGAGACCCAAAUCUCAAUUAAACUUCGAAUGUUCGACUUGGAUCCAGAGUUCUCCAAGUGUCAUAACGAUGUGGAAGCAAGAGGUCGAGCUGCUUGUUAUGUUAGACAAUGGCUAUAUGACAAGUUUGUUGAUCCACACAAUUGCACUCCAUUCUACAUGGCGUACCGUGCUCACGGCGCUCCAGUUUGUGAAACUGGGCUGAUAGCAAGAAUGUAUGAAAAUGUUCUGAACUUGACUACGGAGGAAAAUAUUGUAGGUUUUUCAGGGGUGGUAGGAUGAUUUUUUUCUAUUCUAGGCUUGAAAAGAAGUUGGGAAGGGUAAAGGAAGGGUAAGAUAGGAUAGCUACCUGUGGACCAAAAAAAAUUUUUCGACCUCCUCUCCCCAGAGAAAAACCGUAGCGACGUCCCUAAUGGUAGGAUACCUGAAAUAAUUCCUUAUGUUUUAGUGCAUGGUUGCUUGCAGUCGAUCCGAAAGAGAAUAUAAAACCACAUAUCGAAUGAAUUCAGCUCCAAAAGCGCUGGGUUUCGUGGAGACGGACGCUUAUAGGCUGAUUGUUCAUUAUGACGACCUUGAAGUAAGUUUUUUUUAUUUUUAAAAAAUAUUUUACUACAAAGUAAAAGUUUUUUGUGAUAUUUUUUAUCACUGACGGGUAAAUUUGCAUAUCAGAAGGGCAAAAUGGAAGGGAGGGGUAAUUUUUUUCGAUUUUUUUUUCCUUUUCUUCUCUCUUCUACUACUGUUCAAACCCCUUUUUCCUGGAUUUGUUCUAGUCUUACCCUAGGCUUAUCAUAGGUUUCUCUUUUACCUAUUCUUCUGCACUUGCUUUGCCCUGCUUUGUCUUACCCUGCUUGACUACGGAAGCCCGAUCCUACUCUAUUUUACUCUGCCUAAUCUAACUUUUUUAUACUCUAUCGUACCUAACCCCUUAGUUUACCCUAUCCUAUACCUCAACCGGCCUUAUUCUACUUUACUUUACGCUGCUUUACCUUACUAUAUCCUAUCAAGUCUCACUUUAUACUAUUUCACCAUACCCUACUCUACCGUUUAUCUUUAGCCAAAAAAUAUUUUUUUUUGUUUUACAUUAUUAAUACCUAUGCUUUUAACUACCCUACUUAGCCUUAACCUACCUUGUCCCACUUUACUUCAUCCCGCUGUUCCAAAACUCCUCUUUUCCUAUCAGCUUUGCAUAUUUACCCAUGCCUCACUGCCUUAUCAUUUCUAGUCAAAACCUUAUGUUUCCAGACUAGACUACUUUUAAAUUUGAAAGCACAAAACCAACUAAAACACUUUUCUUUCUUUAAAAUCACAAACCCUGACUCAAUUUUUUCGAGUCACCUUUUUGCGGGUGGUCCGCUAAUUCAUGCCAUUUCUUUCUAAUACGUUAUGAAAAACGCCGAUUUUAUUGAUUUUUUGGUUCGAUUCUACGUUUGCUUCUGAUCAGCGCUGCCGCCAAUUCAUGCCCUCAGGGCAUUUUGAGUUGCUUCACAAGACGGCGAUGCGGGUGGGCUUGUAACACUCCGAAGCGCCUUUUUCUUUCCUCUGCUCUUCUCUCGCCUUCUCUUCGUUUUACUUGAACUCUAUUUCAGUUAAAAAAUUGAGCAUGGUCCUUCUUGUAGGUUUUGAAUUUAAAAAAUUUUAAAAGUUUUGUCACUUACCCCAAAAAAAUGACUUCGCACAACGCUUUUACUAGGUAUUUUUGACAUUAUAGUACGAUGUGGCUAUAAAUUACAAAAUCUUAUGUUUGAAAAUUUUUGAAAAAUUUUUUGUUUACUCCCAAAAACGUUACCCCGCCCAGUUUUUUAACAAUUUUUUUUAGUUUCGAUACUUUAUCAGUACAAGGAGUUUACAAAAAUUCAAAUUCUUACUAAAAUCCUAUACUUUCCCUACAUUAAAAAAUGAGAAAAAAUUUAAAAAAAAUCUUUAAAAAUGAAAUUUCGCUUAAUUCGAUUACCUGCAUCUCACAGUGACGAUAUUGAUUGGUUCAUUUGUGUCAGCCGGUAAAACUUUCACUUUUCACAGACUCCGCACACUGCGUGAGGCAUUUAAAUUCGCGAUCGCUCGAAGGCGAGGGCUUUCUGUUGAUCAAAAGAACCGAAAAAUAAAAGGUUUUCUCUCUUUUUCCUUAGCGUUUCAGUAGUUUUAAUGCUCUUUUCAUUGCUUUUGUAUAGAAUGAUUUUAAUUUUGUAGCUAUUGGGUAGACUCAUGUUAGGUAGGACUAGGAAUAGAGAAAGCUAGGGCUAGAAUAACUGAAAAGGAUUGGAGUUAAGAAAGACCAAAACUUAACUUCAAAAAUUUAAAAACGCAAGAAAAUUUUAAAUUUAAUUUUUCUUUAUUUUUUAAAUUUUAAAGUCAAGUAUACUUAAAUUUAAUUUUUUUCAGUACGAAAACUUCAAAGAAGUCCGGAUAGUCACUUUGCCAGGCUUUGUCUCUCAAAUUGGAGGACAACUUGGAUUAUUUCUUGGUGUCACUGUAAUGAGUAUAACACAAAUCUUGCUAAAUUUGUACUUGUUCAUUACUGAAAAGGUCAAAUGGCUAGCCAAGAAGAUUUGGAAACCAAAAUGA